AUGCCUGAAAAUAUAAUUGCUAGUGAUGAUUUCAAUUAUAUGGAAAUAUUUCCAACAUGUAUCAAUGAGUUUAAUAGAGCCAAAAGUAAUAAUACCUAUUCCUGGUUAAAUGAUGCUUAUAACCAGUGCACACAAAUUAAAUGGAAAUUAAAUAUAGAAGGAGAUUCUUUUAAUAGGUAUUGUACAGAUCUGAUAUAUUAUUUAAAUUAUAUAAAUGACAAUCUAGGAAUUAAUAAAAAUGCGAACUGUAAAUAUUUCAAUUAUUUGCUAAAGUAUAUUACAGAUAAAUUUAAAGUCAUAUGUGAUGGAGAAGAAAAUUGUUACGAAGAAAUGAUAAAAUCAAACAUCAGUAAUAUUCCUGGAAUGCCUAAUACAUGUGUUCAAUAUGUUAAAAAUAUUAAUAAUGAUACAUUUGAAAUAUUAAAGAAACUUGAUAAACUAUAUGAAAGUCUUAAAUUACUAGGAACUGAAAAAUAUACAUGUCCGUAUGACAGUGAAUGCUAUGACAUAUAUAAGGAACUUUCAAAAAAAUGUACAAACGAAAGUAAUAAAAAUUUUUGUGAAUUAUUAGAAAAAUUCAAAAAUAUACAUGUUAAUGAUGUAGAUGAUGUAGAUGAUGAAGGUGAUGUUGGUGAUGUAGAUGAUGAAGAUGAUGUAGAUGAUUUAGAUAUUGUAGAUGUUGUAAAACGAACUCAUUCUUCCUCUUACAAACAUAUUCGCGCUAUUUUUUUAACUCUAACUUUUACAAUAUUUUACACGCCUUAUGGAUCAGUACUGCAUGAAGUGCUGAGAAAAUUAAAGAAACUGUUUAUGAAAAAUAAUAAAGAACGUCUUUCAUUACUGGAUUCAUGCGAAAGAUCAUAUAAUAAUUCUAUUGAACAUGGAUAUAGAAUAGAAUAUGGUUCAGAAGACUACGUCUAA